AUGGCUACCUCUCCGAACCUCCGCCCCCAUUUUCCCCGCAGAGCCUCGUCUACUGCCCAAUCUACCUCCUCUGCUCAUCCCAAGACUUCGUCUACAUCUCGGCCUGCCGAUCCUGUUCAUCCCCAACCUACCACUACUGUUCAUCCCCAGCCUACUGCUACUAUUCAUCCCCGGGCCUCGCCUAUAGCCCGGCCAUCCGUCCCGAUACCUCUUCAAUCAACUAAUCCUUCUCGACCGACUUAUAGCCCUAGUUGCGGCCAUGGUCGAAGAUCGACCAACGUCACCUAUGACAGCCCUGCCUUCAGAGAAGCUUCUCAGGCAGCUCGUCGGGCACGUUCUAUAAAUGACCGCUCGGGUCGUGAUGCCCCCUCCUCUUCCCAGCGCAGGGUUCGGCUACCUUCCGAAGAUUCUGACUCAGAUGACCAGCCUUUGGCUCAGAGACUUCGCCGCAGGGCCCCCAAUCCUAGCCAAGACUCGGGCCCUUCUGCUGUUCCUCCUCCUUCGCCUCCGGUUGCAACCACUACUCCUAUCCCGAGCCAGGCAGACGCUCCUGCUCCACGCGAGGUUCAGGCCGAGCCUCCGCUAGCUCAACCUUCCACCUCGCAACAGCACCCGAGCACCGAAGCUGGCCCAUCAAAUCGCCCUUCACCAACUACCUCACCUCCAGAGCCUUCUCAUGUGCCCCCUUCAGCUCCUUCUGGCUCAGCUGCUGGACCUUCACAACCCCCACCACCUACUUAUCAUCAUUAUCGUACCACUGCCCCUUCUGAGGCUGAGUUAAGGUCACGACAAGAUGUUACCACUACCUCCUUCACAAUGAAAGGUCGUUUGGCCACUUUAUGGGAAGAAAAUAUUUCCUUUAUGUUCCAGGCUUGCACAGAGUCCCUGAUAAUAGAUCAAUCCUUCCAUGUCGCUCAUUACCCGAGCAAGGUGCUGCGGGACAGGGUAGCAGAAUUGGAGCUGCAGUUAAAUGACCCGGCGUAG